GGUAGAUUUAUAAUGCUGAGCAAAAUCUGCCGCUACCUAUCCUGGUCCUAUCCUGCAGGACAGCAUUGCAGUUCGCCCCACACCCCAAUUUUGUCUGCGAAAAUUAAAGCACAGUGCACACACACUGUUCAGCGGAGGGCGAAGGUGGCCCCAUUGGAAUUGGCAUAAGGCUCUGCCUUGGGAAGAAAAUUGUGUGCAGCUCAGCAGGCCUCGAAGCCCUCCUGUUUGAGCAUGUUGCUGCAGGUAACGUAGAUCCCCUUCACUACAAGCCAACCUUCUCAAAUCCGAGAAGGUCAGAAUGUAGAAUGUUGCUGUUGGAUUCCCAAGUAUGCCACCAAUUUAGAAUGUGAGAAGUACUCUCCAAGGGGUCUGGCGCGCAGCUAGUCAUUCUUGAGGAGCCGGAUAUUCAUGAUCCUACAGUCUGCUCUACAGCAUUACUGUUGCUUCUCUGAAUAGAUUCUGAACAUGGCUCCUCGAAUCACAGAGACGAUAUACAAAAAUUCAAAAAUUGAGGAGCUCAUCCAGUCUUUGAAGCUCGUGAUGCUUCAUGCAAAGGAGGCAAAAAUACGCAAGCUGGGCUCUGACGAACAAGUGUACAAAACUCGAGCAAAAACCAAGGACAAGCCUGAAUUGGUCCCCGACUAUCACACAAGAGCCAACCCCAAGAAGCACGAUGGCACCCCCGCCCACUUCCACGAGCGCAUCCAGCUCUGGGGGCAACGGGGCAUGCUAGCCGUUCUUGAAGAAGCGGGGCGCGAAAUCGCAGAAGAUGGCCCCCAAACCGUCCAAGCACUGGCCUUGGCUCUCAGGGAAGAGGUAGCGUCAGCCCGAGCCCUGGCACAGAACGACGUUGAACAGUACAUCCAGUGGCUGGAGAGCUUGUUGCCCGCAGUGGCGCCGGCCAAUGGAGGCGCAGAGGGGGGACAAGGACUGAAUCCCCCAUGUGAGGACGCGCCUGCAUCAUCUGCCCUGCCUACUGGUGCCCCGUCGCAUGCACAAGGCAGCCCCUUGGGGCAGUGCCACAACAAGCAGGAUGAGCGGCGGGUGUGCCUGCAGCCCCCGCAGGAGGCGUUCAGCCAGGGGGUGAAGAACUCCCAGACAAGCAUGCCAAGCGGCCAACAAGAGGGGCCAGGCAGCUCGGCGGGGAGCGAACAUUUGUCAAAUUGGAGGCAGGCAACAUGGGCCUUACAUGCGUCUCGUAUGAUGAGAGGUGCGCUGGUCCAGAGGAGGAACAAGCCUGACGCUGUCAGUGGAGAGGACGUGCUAAAGGACCUUCUGCAGCAGAUCGAAGACGGAGAUAGGAUCUGGUCUUGGUUUAAGGACAAAGUGCUAGGGGGAUGUGUGGAGCAGGAGAAUCGUCGGAGCUGGAAGGAGGGGCUAGUGGAUGAGAUCGAGAGAGCCUUAGGCCUUGGCAGGCCUUCCAUCACGCCUAGCCACGCCCGGCGUCUCGGUUACGCUCUCCAAUCCUUCAAGGCGGCCGGAGACACCACUUCCAACCUUGACACCUCCAGUCUCAGCCGCAGCCUCUCUGACGUCCCAGCGACUGGCUCGCACGUCGCCGAGGGCGUGACACGUGGCUCUGCUGACGUGGGCGAGGUCGUCACUCAGCCGGACGACGGCCUCAGGGCGCCCUGCGCCAUGGACAUCGACAUACCGUCGCCUGGGACGCCUGCCAGUAGCGCAGCGGGCGCGUUCGAGCCGCAGAAAGUGACGGCGCAGCGCACGACCGGGACAUCCGAGAAGGGCUUCAAGCUUUCGCCCGGGGAGGGGGGCCGGGCGGGCCGGAAGCCGCCCGUGACAUAUGUGCCACUCGAGUUGACGGGAAAAGUGACGGACGGCAAGCCCGCCCGGGCGCAGGUGUACGGACGGACCUUGGUGCUGUCGCGGCCCCGCCCAGGCGAGGUUCUUGCCACGUGGGAGGUGUGCCCGCACCGCGGCGCAUCGUUGGCCGGGCGUAACAAAUGCGGCCUUGAGUCCAACCCCGGCGGAUUUAGCCAGGAGAAGAACUGCCACCUCGAGCCAGUCAAGGUCUUGGAGGCCAACGGCAUAAUCUGGUUGGAGGAGGAGGUUUCGGUAACGGACGCGACAGAUGUGGAAGUCCCAGAGCUGGCCUCCUGGCUGCGUCCUGUCAACGUGCCCCUGGGGGCCGAACCCGUGGCCCCCAUCGCGAGUGCCACCCCCGCCAAGAAGGGCUCCUUGACUUUGUUACUGGAGCGCUCAAGGCAACCGGAGGGGGCGGGAGAGGAAGGCGUGGGAAACGGAACUGGAGCGAUGGACGAGGAUGACGAAGCGCUCACGUCAGGCGUCAGCAAGCGCGCCCGCGAUCUGAGGGAGGGUUCGGCCGGCGAAGCAGGGACCAAGAGGCAGAGGCCGAUGCAGACAAGCAUGGGCUUUGGGUUUGACCCGGGCAGUCCCCUCGUGCAAGCGCUGGAUGAGCGGAAUAUCCCAUCCGGCGCCCUGGAGAGCCCCCUGCGAAGUCAUGCAAGCCGGGCGGCCAGCUUCCAAGCGGCUGACGAGGACAGCGAUCUUCACGAAUUCCUCGAAAGCAUGUCUGACCAGACGGGCAAAUGGAUCUCGGACGAGGAGGCAGUGCCGGUUCUUGCGAUCCGCGCGCGGGAGCUGCUGAGUGUUCUCCAACGGGAGCGCAUGCACGACAGUGUUGGGUACUGCAGGGCGACCCUCGCCGCAGAAAGGCUGCGCCCUGUAGUGGACUGCGUCUGCGACGUGUCCGCGGUCCUUUGGGGCGGCGAAUGGGACCCGAAGAAAUUGAGUUCAAUGCUCGGUGCUCUUGUUGCAGCUCUGCCACUGCCCCAUGAGGGCCUGGCGGACCUUGAGUCCGAGGAGCAUUGGAUCCAGGUAGCCAGAAGGCUACACGAUCUCGUGGAUCGCUUCAACGUACCCGAAAAGUUCUUGGAGGACCCGUUGGUCCAGGCCCGGCUGGCGGCCGCGCAUCAGUCGCUCGCGCGCGCCUUGGAGCGCGCGGGCCGCACGGCCGAGGCCGCAGCCGAAGACGAUAAGGCCGACGCGAUUCACAACUGGGUGUGCAUCUUCCCUGCGCCGGGCCACACCCUGGUGCAACCGGAGAUCUGCUCCAUUACGCGGCAGCCGAUGAAGGAUCCGGUCAUCAUUGAGUCGGGACACACGUUUGAGAGGGCCGCCAUCGAGCGCUGGUUCAAGAAGCACAACACCUGCCCGAUCACGCGCGUGAAACUGAGGCGCCGCACAAUGAUCCCGAACAAGGCGGUCAAGCAGUACACCGACCUCUACAACGCCGCGACGGGCGGCUGGAUCCCGACCCCCACGUGGUCCGAUCCGGAACCCACUCCACCUGAGAGCAACAUCAGAGAUCCGCUCAAGUUUUCAAGUGCUGAUAUGGAGGCCGUGUUUGGGGUUCCGAAGGAGGUUUUGAAGGAGACGCAAACCUGGCUUGCGGAUGACGGGGAUGGGUCUCUUAACUUGGAGGCGUCGUUCAAUGAGCUGACAGUGACGGACGGUGGGGCUGCGCCGACGGCGGGUCUGCGCGAGGAGUGGGUGGGAGGAGGGGAGCCGAUUUUGCCUGGCUUGGAGGUGGAAGUUGGGUCUUGAGUAGACGUGUCUUGUUCGUGAGAUUUCGUCGACUGAGAGGGCGAAGAGUAGCAUCGUGGCCCGUGUCUUACAAGAAGCCGCUCCGUUCUGGCGUUCUCAUGGUUAUUGUGCUAUGGCGCUACCAGCAUACUGAGCGUGGUUUAAGAGGAGCACGGCUUUGAACCUGUACAGUCUGCUUUGAGUUAUGUCGGUAUGUGCUUGAGGAACAACACUGUACAUUAGGGCACUGCACAGAUCCAAGAAAGCUUCAAUGUGAAUAGUAUGUCCACCAAUCUAGUGUACAUAAGGUAAAGUAUUGAACAGAAUCGGACGGUACUCAUGAGGACGAUUGUUGGGGUUUUUCGAUGUUAUUGCCUUUGGCGCUCCCUAGCACUAGCCGCCCAU